AGACAGCAGGAGAAAGCUGAUCUCAGAGCAGAUGAGGGAGAGCCCCGUGUGGACACGUUUGUGAAACCUGAAGAUCCCCAGUACAGUUCAGGGCAGUGCGAGAGGAGAUCACUCACUGAAGCUGCUGCAGAAGAUACGGAAUACGUUUAUUAUCUGCACUGGAGAUGAAGUAUUCCACAUGCGUUUGCUUCAGCUGGAGUCUCCUGACUGUGGCUGUGAUCCCAGUGUCUUUAGGUGAAAUGUAUACGUCGCUGCUGAACGUGAAGCAGGCGAUCAGCGUUGAACGGAAGCUGAUCGAUUACUUAAAAACGUAUAUUGACCACGAGUCAGAGAGACUGGAGGACGUCAAGCGCUUUUAUGCCAAAGUGUCCGACCUGCACACUGAACUUUACAAAGGCCCGGCGACUGCAAUGGCAAACCCGCUGGUGGCAUUCACCCUGAUCAAGCGGCUGCAUUCAGAGUGGCUGAAUGUAGUCUACAGCAAGGAAGCCUUGGAGAAUACACAAGCCCUCAGGUCCAGUUACGAGGAGGAAGACGCCGAUCUGCCCAAACUGGAAGACCUCCAGGGGGCCGCUAAGGGGCUGAUGAGGCUGCAGGAUGUGUAUGUUCUUCAAGUUGCGAGCCUCGUAAAAGGUCGUUUCCAGAGAGUCACAAAUGGCAAGACUAUUGAUAUCAUCCAGCCCGCAGUGUCUGUCCCGCUGUCUGGUGAUGACUGCUUUCUGGUUGGAAAGGUGGCCUACGAGCAGGAGGACUACUACCACUCAGUGCAGUGGUUGGAGGAGUCGGUGCGUCUCUUCAGGGGAGCAGGAGGCGACUGGAGCCCUGAGAAUGAAGGGACUUUAGAGGAUGCUCUGGAUCACCUGGCCUUCUCUCAUUUUAAAACAGGAAACAUCUCCUAUGCUCUCAGUUUAUCUCAAGAGUUACUGCAUCAUGAUCCAAUGAAUGGAAGGGUUUUGCAGAAUGUUGAGAAAUAUGAGAAGCUGCUGGUUACGAGUCCACCCACGUCAAUCACGGGCAAUGGACUGAGGAGACCCGGCUCCAAUAAUUUAAGGACGAGGGACACUUACGAAAGACUCUGCCAGACCCAAGGCUCUCAGCAGCCAAUUCAUUUUGAAAACCCCAGACUAUUCUGCGAUUUAUUCACCAACGGAAAUCCUGGACUACUAUUGCUGCCGGUCAAACGUGAAGUGCUGAGCCUGCAGCCGUAUGUGGUCCUAUACCACAACUUCAUCACCGACACAGAGGCUGAGGACAUCAAGAGGACCGCCCAGCCAGGAUUGAGGCGAUCUGUGGUGGCAGCUGGAGAGAAACAAGCAACAGCAGAGUAUCGCAUCAGCAAGAGUGCAUGGCUGAAGGUUUCAGCACACUCCACUGUUGGGAAGCUGGACCAGAAGAUCUCCAUGCUCACAGGUCUGAAUGUGAAGCAUCCAUAUGGCGAGUACCUCCAGGUUGUGAAUUACGGGAUUGGUGGCCAUUAUGAACCACACUUUGACCAUGCUACAUCUCCUUCAAGUCCCGUGUUCAAGCUGAAAACUGGGAAUCGAGUGGCAACUUUUAUGAUAUAUCUCAGCUCUGUCGAGGCAGGUGGGUCCACAGCCUUCAUCUACGCCAACUUCAGCGUUCCCGUCGUAGAGAAAGCUGCCAUUUUCUGGUGGAAUCUCCAUAGAAAUGGUCAAGGAGAUGCAGACACGCUGCAUGCUGGCUGCCCGGUGCUUAUUGGGGACAAAUGGGUGGCCAACAAAUGGAUCCAUGAGCAUGGCCAAGAGUUCCAACAUCGCUGCAGCCUGAAUCCUGAAGAGUGAGAGGGGUGGAGCGAUAGCUGGGCCCCUUGGAGUACAAGAGCCAGUCUCUACAAUUGAGAGGCACACUCGCAGGCAGAGAGAAGGAGGGAGCCAGAAAGUGAGCACACAGGCAGGCGAGGGGAGAGCCGUUAUAUGGCAGCCUGUAAUUGGAGCCCCGGGCCCCAGGGAACCUGAAGCGUACAGGUGGGGUCGAAGAAGACUGGGGUAGUUGCUGAUCAGCCCCCAGAGGCCAAAUGCUCUCUUGCUCCUACUCGCCAGUUCCUGCAAAUGGAGUGAGGCCUCUGCCUUCACACACUGUGCUGGAUUUAGUUAACUGUGCAGGGCUGUUUGCCUCUCCUGCUUGCUUGAAAACUGACAUCUAAUGCAGCCCUUUCCCUACACUGGGCCCACUCUAGGGUCUGUCAUUACAAAUCAACAAAGCGAUACUUUGUGCAGACUCUCAGAACUUUAUUUAACGUGUACAUGCAGAAGUUUAUAAAGAUACCUAAUGUGCCUGUAUUACAGUGAAAUGUGUAUAAAAUGAUGCACACGGCAUCUAGAAUUUUCUAUUUGAUGUAAUGUUGCAGCCAAGAAAUGUAUUAAAUUCAAGUUUAAUGUGAUAAUGCUUCCAUUAAGUGCUGGAAGAAGCAGAUACAGAGCAUGUUGCAUUGUGCAAAAUGUUUUAUGACUUUUAAGGUAAUAUAUAUGUGUAUAUAUAAUAAUAUUCACUGCAGGUUAGCAACAGAUAUUUUGGUUGAAGUUCUUCUGUAAUGGGUCAUCUCAGAGCUCUGGAGUUCUGUUCAGACUGGUGCUAUGAGUCAAAGGAACAUUGUGCGUGUGCCUGUUUAUUACCAGCUAACUGAACGAUGUGGUCAUUGCUUCCUGUGGGAAACUUUUUUUUGAUAACUGGCUGUCUAAUGGAACAGAUUAACCCGAUCUGUCAGCCUCUCAUUGAGCUUUAGAUGGUGGGCGUCAGUGAUCUUGCUCUGCGUGCCAAGCGAUUGGGAACACGUCUGCUCCAGACUUUGUGUCUGAAUUCACACAACCAGCACUGACUGCAUACCACUCAGAUAUUUCAGAAAUCUGUGUCUAAGUAGGUCAUAUAAACCAUCUUAAAGUAGACCAUACGCAGUAUUCAAAUUCCCUGUUUGAGCUUGGGCACUAAGAGGCCUUUAUAUGUGACCUUUUAUGGGGGCAUCCUGCAGAUUGAAUGAAGGGAUCUGUGAAAGUGAAGAUAAGGGGAUGACAGAGGAAUAAUACCUCUACUUACUCACAAUGAUAAAUGUUUUCCUUCCAUCUCCGCACUGUGUACACAAACAGACGCGCUCUCAAAGCACUUACUGACACAGAUAAUAUAAGAACAGGCCGCUGGAUGCAUGUUGCACAUUUCCUGUGUGCACACUAAACAGCAGGACAUGAUUAUUUUAGGAGUUCAUGGAUAGCAAGAUGUUUCUUUUCUGAUGCUCUGAUCUGUUUCAUUGUAACUAUUUUUGAUAUUAAAAACACAGGUAUAGCUACAUUUAGUCGCAAAACACACAGUAUCUGACACCACAAAUUUGACAAUAAACAAUACACAACAUCCAUUGUGACAAAUGGACUCCAUAUUCUCAACAUAAGGUUUGCAACUACUUUGGCCAUAUUCAUAGACACACAUA